AUGUUGUCCAACGAGAGCUGGCCUGCGCUCCAGCGCAAAAGGGGGAGAGAAGAGGACCUUGCCGAGAUAUCCCCUGGUGGUACGCUUGGCUUCACUGAACACAGGAGUAAACGCCUCCAAGCCCUUCCACUUAGGACGUCUCCCCCAUCUAAGCGAUGGGCCGAACCACCAAGAUUCCAUGCGCCGCCAACAACAUUCAUCAUCCCGAGCCAACCACGAACCAUCACGCCAAACAGUUCGGAUUCUGAGGAGCCAGGUCAUUUUGCCUUCGCCGAGGAGCCAGAGAUCGUCACAGUUCCAACCCUACAAUCCCCGGUCAAUGUUAGUAUCACCAUGGCAGACAUGGACAUGGACAUGGACAUGAUGGACACCGCCCCCGAGCCAAACCCGAACCACCUCAACGCUUUCCAACCGGAGCCACUUCCCAGUGUCACCGGUCGCAUCCCGACACCAAUAUACUGCAGCUUUGCAGCUCAGGUUCGAGGCCAAAACUGGAACGAGGCCCACGGUGCGCUGGCAACAACACCGGAAGAACCCACUUCCAUGGCCUUUGACAGCAACGGCAUGGUUGACGCUGCCGUGGCCCACGACUCGAAUCCGACCACCAACGCUCUGGCAAUGGCGGAUUGGAAUCACAUCCAGAACCGCCGGCUGCCAUCCCCGAUCAGCGAAACCGGCGGUGAAGACAGCCCAGCCAUGGUGCUUGAUUCGUGCUGCUCCCCUCACCCUAUCACCACGUCCCCGAGCGGACAUCUCAGCCACUUGACGCACGUGCACCCGUUGCUGGCAUCGAUGAGGGAGCAAUCUCCGCGACCGGGUUCACCAAAUGGAGGAAUGGAGGUGGAAUCGGGCUCGCCAUCACCGAAACGGGGGCACGCGAGGUCAAGACAUACGGUCAACUCGUGGACCGCGGUGCCGCCGGGAGUGAAGAGGUCGUUCAGUAUAGGGUACCGGGCGGAUUGUGAUAAGUGCAGGAUGAAGGUGCCGGGGCAUUUUAAUCAUAUCAUCAUUUCUUAG